UUAUCAUACACAUAAUUUCAAAACUAAAAGUGAAACAAUAACCAUUGGAUUGAGAAUCUGUACCACGUGUCGUUAAUCUCAAACUGCACUAGAUCCUCUUCCCAUACACACAAGCAUAGUGUUUGUGCCACGAGACAUGAUAUGAAUGAAUGAUGUCACAAUCCAACAGAACCGAACCUGCUCCAUGUUGCUGUCACAAGCCAAACUUCACAACAACAACAACAUUUCCAAUGCCAUCAUAAACAUGAGUAUGAAGAAGAAGGGUAACAAUAGCAAUAAUUGUUCCCCUGCUAUACUGUAUCACUAUCCUUGUCCCGAUGGUGCUUUUGCUGCCCUUGCUGCACACCUUUACUUUAAGGCCACUUCCUUGUUCUCCCCUCUUUUCUUUCCCAACACUGUUUUCAAACCCCUCAGUGCAGAAGAUCUUCCUCUGAAUGAGAUUGAUGAUCUUUACCUCUUAGAUUUUGUGGGGCCUGAUGGUUUUGUUCAGGAAAUCUCCACCAAGGUUCCAAGGGUGAUUGUUUUGGAUCAUCACAAAAGUGCCCUUGAGAGGCUAGGCAAUGAGGCUUCACUUGGUGAGAAUGUGGUUAAGGUUAUUGACAUGGAGAGGAGUGGGGCUACUAUUGCUUUUGAUUACUUCAAAGAUAAGCUUUUGAGUCCUGAUGCUGUGGUGAAGCACCCCUCAGUGCUUGAUGAAUUUGACCGUGUCAGGCAACUUUUUCAGUAUAUUGAAGACGGUGACCUUUGGAGGUGGAGACUCCAAAACAGCAAAGCUUUUAGCAGUGGUUUGAAGGAUUUGAACAUUGAAUUUGAUGCCAGGAAAAACGCUUCCUUGUUUGACCAGUUGCUUUCAUUGGACUUGGAUACUAUUAUUAGUAAAGGCAUUUUGAGCUUAUCACACAAGCAAAAAUUAAUCGAUGAUUGUCUCAGCAAGUCAUAUGAAAUCGCCCUUGGAAAUGGUGUAUUUGGUCAUUGCCUGGCUGUCAAUGCAGAUAUUACUCUUUCACAGUUAAGAAGUGAAUUGGGGCAUCAAUUAGCUACUAAAAGUCAGAAAAUGAAGUUGAGGGGUAUUGGUGCUGUUGUGUAUAAAGUACCAGAGCUUGAAAAUGACCAAAGGCUAAAAAUAAGUCUGAGGAGUGUGGACAGUAUAGAUACAACCCCCAUCACUCAGGAAUUUGGAGGUGGUGGACAUCGAAAUGCGGGCUCAUUCAUGUUAAUGGCCGAUGAAUUUGAACAAUGGAAGGUGUGAUUGUUGGAUUUUUGCACUUGACAUGGGAGAUGGAGUUUACACAUGAUGUUGUGUCGUGGGAAACAUCAGUUACUGUAUUAUGCAAUUUUAUUAACUAUUUAUUGGGUAUCAAUGUAGUUGUUCAUUUUUAUGUUAUUUAGAAUCAUUUUUGAAUAAUCUCUCUAAUGAUCUAUAUAUAGAUUUCUAAACAUUUCAU